AUGUGGAACAUGUUCCAGGCGUCACAGGCAAAAAAGGAGCCUUUGGCAUCUGUGCUACCUGUGGCAAAAUCUUCCUCUUUAACGAAUUCGAGUAAGUGGACUCUCGACAGUACCAGGAAGCUAGUCCCAGUUCGGGACAUCUGCACGCCGGAUUCUAGUGGAGGCUUUUCCUCCUCCUCCUCUUCUAGUAUUGUCCCGUUCGUUGGCUCUAGUUGCUCUUCUUCUAGUACUUCGAAGUACAAACGAAGUAGGCCGUUGCCGUUUAAGUCGUUGGCUAGUGAGAAGGACGUCAGUGAUUUACCUGGUAGUGCGUCCGCCUCUGUUUUCGUCAAUGCUAGCACCAAGAGUGAUGUGCUGUUUGAGCGUUUUAAGAAGUACGUCAUGGGGCAGAAAGCGUUAGUUUUCGAUCAAGAUUUAGGUCCAUCCCAGAAGAUACGGACUUUAGCUAGCCAAGGCCCAACAGUGGCCAAAAGGACAGUAGUUGCGAGCGCUAGUUUUAUCAAGGGUGAAGCACUAUCAGACGAAUCUUGGAAACCUUAUUUGAGUCACCUUAAACAAUAUAUGGACUACAGUGCGACGAUGUGUGAGAAGCCCUUCCCUCCUACAAAAGGGAAGAUCGAAGGUUAUUUAGCUAUUCAAGGUUGUGCGCCUUCGAUGAAUGUAGCUCGUUCAGCAUUAAAAAAAUUUUGUUCAAUGAAGAGUGGAGUGGCAUGGCCAGAAGUUGAUAGUUCUGCAAUCUCGAAGGGUAUCAGGAGGCAUCAGGCUCCUUCGAGGAGUAAGACGCCGACUUCUCCUAGUUGCUUGAGUCUUCUCCUUCAGGACAGUACAACAACGAAUCAGUUCAAAUUUUUAGUAGUCAUUUCAUGGAUUUUCCUUUUGAGAGUUGGUGACGAAGCUGUCUAUUUAAAGAAGAUGUUCUCUGACGACGGCAAGAAAUGUGUUACGAAGUUAAAGCAUCAUAGUGCAGUUUGGGGCAACAUAGAAGAUCGCGCGGUUACUAUUAGAUUAAGGAGUAGAAAGAAUAAGCUAGAAGGGGACUGUGUUGUUCGCUCGUGCACUUGCGGCGAUGCCAAAAGUGUGAGCUCGUCCUCAACUGAGUCUCCUUUCUCUUGGGCGAAAAAUUUUUGUCCUUUUUGUUCAUUUUAUCUCUGUUUUCUCGACAAAGUUGAACCUGGGCAUAGAGUUUUCCCGUCUCUCACUUAUCCGAUAGUUUUAAAAGAACUUAAGAGGAGUUUGCGGAGGUGUAAUCAGCUUGGUGAUUGGGGAACGCAUAGUCUUAGAAGAGGUGGCGCCGCAGCAGUAGCUGCCGCGGGUGGUAGUAUCUCGCAAAUUCUUAUUUCUGGUAAGUGGAAUAAUAAGCAGCAGGCUUGGAGACGUUAUGUUGAUGCAAAAGCGCUCGAAUGUGAAGGAAUGCUUCGCGCAGCGAAGCUAGAACUAAAGAAUGAUGAUGGCAUCGACGGGCUUCUUUCUGACGGAGAUAGCGAAGUUGAAAACGAUGAUUGUCCUCAUUUUGAUCUAUCGACUUGA